CUACUGUGAAAUUUGAAUAACGAGAGGUGGCGCAACUACAUAGGCAACUUCGACUACUUAAUCGCCACCGUGGUGCCUUUCUUCUUAUUCGAGCUUUCACCUCGUGUAAACCAUCUGCUAUGUAUCCGUCACGUCUCGGAGCAUCAAAGACUGAAUUAGCUCAGGUUUUGUGCUCUACCAUCAACCCUAUCAUCAUUAGAUGCUGCAUCUCAAGCUUUGGCUACUCCUACUCUGUCAAAUAAUUGACCUUCCCAAAAAGGCUCAUGCAAAGCAGCAAUGCCGACUUCAGCUUAAUAACGCUAUAGCGACUGCACCAUCCAUUCCAACAAGUGUUGUACCAGCGUCACCAAACUCUUCUACUCCAUCUUCAAGUACCAAUUCUACGAGCCCUACACCUAGUCGCACGCCAUUCAACUACAGUGAAGGACCCGUUCGCGGUGUCAAUCUCGGAGGCUGGUUUGUUCUCGAACCCUGGAUAACCCCGAGCAUCUUCGAGGCAACCAAUGACGAGACAGUAGUCGAUGAAUAUACGCUUGGAAUGAAGACGAAGAAUUAUAACGAAACGUUGGCAAUGUUACAAAACCACUGGAACACGUGGAUCACCGAAGACGAUUUUAUCGCGAUAAAUGAAGCUGGCUUGAACCAUGUUCGAAUACCGCUCGGAUAUUGGUCUGUACCUCUACCUUCAUCAGCAACCAAUACGAGUACUUCGAUCUCACCUUACAUCCCUGGUGCAUGGCCAUACCUCCUCCGAGCACUCAAUUGGGCAGCGGCACACAACGUACACGUCAUACUAGAUCUACACGGAGCUCCAGGCAGCCAAAAUGGUUAUGACAACUCAGGACAACGAACUUCUGAUCCUCAAUGGGCUUUGAACACACAGAACGUGACGAGAUCGAUCGACACGUUGGUCUAUAUUGCUCAACAAAUCGGCGGAAUGAUAGAUAUACUGGAACUGGUGAACGAAUCUGCAGGGUUUUUGUCAAGUGAAUGGGCCAGUGUGACGCGCUCGUUCUUCUCCAACGGGUAUACCGCGGUCAGAAAUGCAGUUGGAGAUACCUUGAAUAUCAUGAUCGGGGAUGCGUUUCUUGGGGUGGAUGCCUGGGACGGAUUCCUGACUUACCCUAGUGGUGUGAAUGCCUUGAUGGACAACCAUGAAUACCAAAUAUUCAGUAUACCAGAACUGCAACGAUCGUUUAGUGAUCAUCUCGCUUUUACAUGCACAAUCAGGUCUACCAUAUCAUCUUUCGCCGCCGCCAAUAUCUGGACCAUCGAGGGCGAGUGGUCGACCGCCCCCACUGAUUGUGCUCUUUGGCUCAACGGUAGGGGAGUUGGAGCUCGCUGGGAUAACUCUUACAACGGCGGUGCUUCUAACGGUUCGUGCAAUGGCUGGACAGGAAAUUAUACCUCGUUUUCCAGCGAGUAUAAGACAUUUUUGCGACAAUACUGGGAGGCCCAAGUUGACAUUGGAGAAAGUGCUCAAGGCUGGGUAUAUUGGGCGUGGAAGACGGAAAGUGCGGACGAGUGGAGUUAUCAAAAGGGCUUAGAAGGUGGUUGGAUACCUGCAGAUCCGACGCAAAGGAUGUACCCUGAUCCCUGCUCAAACUCAUCCGGGACCUGAAAUAUGAAUGAAAAUUGGAAUUUUUCAUCGACGAGAUCCCUUUCUACAUCGUUCCUUACACAUAUCUUUAUCGCGUUCAUUGCUUUACAAUUAGAGUUAGAUAUAACACAGUUCUUGGUCCAUAUAAUCGUACAACAUCUAU